AUGUUUUUUCUUUUUUCUAUUGCACAUACCCUUUUAGAUGAUAAGCUAUCAAUACUAAAACACGCCUACAAAAAUAACCAAAUCGAAUAUUAUGUCAGCGGCACAUCAAAGCAAAUAAUUAAUGGAACAUUACAGUUAACAAAACCAGAAUAUGCUUUUGACCAAGUUACAAAAAGAUACGAUUGGUGUUCUAACUGCGGAAAAACAAAAACAGACUUCCCAUGGAUAGUUCUUGGCAUCAAAAAUCAAAUAAUGAACGUUAAAGGAUACUUUUUGAGGGUUGGAUGCUGCUACGAUAGCUGCUGUUGCGAAGAUUAUAAGAAUGGUUGCAUUCAUUGCUGCCUUUUCUCAUGGAAUUUCCAGAUUUCUAAUGAUAAUAAAACCUGGAAAACAGUACAUGUUGUAGAAGGCGAUUACGAUAUGAUGCGCUGCAGCGAGAAAACAUAUUCAUUUAGUGAAACAUACAGAACUCGUUAUGUACGGUUAAUUCAAGCGGGAACAUGUUACUCUGAUCCGCCAUGUAUUUCACUUAAUAAGAUCGAAAUCAUUGGAACAGUUGGAGACGGAAUAGCUGAUGGUAAUCAGCCUGAAGCUCCAGAUGCUGAUGAUAUUGAUGAUGAUAUUAGUAUAAUCGGCCAUAUUUCGAAAAAUAUGAAUCAUAAUAAUUAG